CCGCCCCUCCCCCAACUUAACUCCAGGAUCGUGGAUCUGCCCUCCCCGCUCUCCCGAAGCUGUUCGGGCAGUGUCCGGACUUCAUCGGAGGGGGCUGGAAUCCGGCGUCUGCCUCUUCACCCCCAGUAUUGCCCUGCUUGACGCACGCGUGCUGACAGGGGAGGGGAAAGGGGAAAGCUUCUCCCGCACAUAGCUCGCGGUCAGGGCACACGGGAGGAGAUGCCCGGCCAGGGUCCAGUGUCCGAGUGGACGGAGUGCAGUUCUUCCACAGAGCCGCCCACAGGGGCCAGGGCCGAGGGUGGCGGCGGCGGAUCAGCUGGAUAUUCUUAUUACCAGAAUUCCAAAGGUAUUGAUAGAUUCAAAGAUGGACACAAAAUGAACUCACACAUAGCCAUGCUGCAAGAGUUAUGGAAAACGCCUCAAGUUCAAACAAUUCACAUCCCUAAGUCAAUGACAGAGACAUCCUUUCUAAAGCAUCCAGACCUCACCUUAGGCCAGAAGCGUUACCUGUGCAGCAUUGCUAAGAUCUAUAAUGCAAACUAUCUGAGGACGUUAAUGAAGAGGCAGUACAUGCAUGUGACCCAGCACAGCUCACAAAAACCAGGUGUCCUCACUCAUCACAGGAGCCACCUCAGUUCUCGUUACUCACAGAAGCAGCAUUACCCCUGCACUACAUGGCGACACCAGCUGGAGAGAGAGGACUCGGGGCCUUCUAACAUUGCAGCUGCAUCUGCACCUGAGAUGAUCAUACAGCAUUCCCUUUGGCAACCAGUGAGAAACAAAGAAAGUUUAAAAACUGGAUAUGCAUCUAAAACAAGAUGUAAGUCGCUGAAGAUUUUUAGAAAACCAGGCAGACUGUUCAUGCAAUCAGUUUCCAUAAAUGAUUCUGAAUCAUACAUGAAUGAAGAAAAAAAGGAAGAUGAUUUGCUAAAUAAGUGUAUGCAAUCAAUGUCAAUUGAAGAACACGGAGAACAUCUGAUGCUAACUUGACAAUCUUGAGUAUUGGUGAUGUGCCAAAGGUGGGGGGAAGGGAUUGUGAAUCGUGUCCUCUCUACAUUCAGUAUUGUUAUUCACCACUAAGUCAUUAAGUAAUUUUAGUUUGUUCAGAAACUUUUACUACCAUGUAAAUGGUUUGAUGUAGUUCCAUGUACGAAUAUUUUGUGUAAUAAAAUUUGUGUGAAAUAUAUGCGUGUAGUCCUAGCUAGGUACAAUUAAAAUUCUUCUUGUCACCUAAAACUGAAUUAUUCUUCUUUAAAUCUGAAAAAUACAUUGUAUAAUUCUGUUUACAGUAAGUCCUAAAAUAGCAACAUUAGAAUAUCCUGGAAAUAUUUUCCAAAUCAGGCUGAGGAAAACUCUGAAUAUCCUGAUAUAGAAUAGCAUUUGAUAGAGGUAACAUCCUGGCUUGCUCAAUAAAUAUUAUCUGCUUGAACACAAGUUAAAAAUGGAAAUAUCAAUUUGCCCUAUUUUAUGAAAAUUGCCAAACACUUGGACUCUUAAACUAGAUUUAAGUUGGGAAUAGUUGUAUUAAUGAAAGGAUUGUUCACAUUACAUUUUUGCUCUAGUGUGCUUGCCUUCUAAAUGUUUUAGAACAUUAGUGUUUUAAAUUUUUAUUUUUUUAAAUUUUAACUUUUUGAGGUAUAGUUGAUAUACAAUAUUAUGUAAGUUGCAGGUGUACAACAUAGUGAUUCACAAUUUUUAAAGGUUAUACUCCAUUUAUAGUUAUUGUAAAAUAUUGGCUAUAUUCUUUGUGAUGUAUAAUAUAUCCUUGUAGCUUAUUUAUUUAUACAUAAUAGUUUGUACCUCUUGAUCCUCUACCCUAUCUUGCCUCUCCCCAGUUCCCUCUCCCCACUGGUAACCACUAGUUUGUUCUCUACAUCUGUGUUUCCUUUUCGUUAUAUUCACUAGUUUAGUUUUUAGAUUCCACAUAUAAGUGAUAUCAUACAGUAAUUUGUCUUGCUCUAUCUGACUUAUUUCACUUAGCAUAAUACCCUCCAAGUCCAUCCAUAUUGUUGCAAAUGGCAAAAUUUCACUUUUUUAUGACUAAUAUUACACUGUGUAUGUACGUAUGUACGUGUGUACAUACACACACACACAUACACACCACAUCGUCUUUAUCCACUCUUCUGUUGAUGGACCCUUAGGUUGUUUUCAUAUCUUGGCAAUUGUAAAUAAUGUUGCUAUGAACACUGGAGUGCACGUAUCUUUUCAAAUUACACAGUAGUGUUUAAAAAAAUUUUUUUGUUAAAACGUAAAGAAUAGGGCACUUAAAAGCAACAGUCUGAAGAAUCACUGAUGAUUUACUAUGUCAAUAUGGUAUUCUAUUUAGUUAAUAAAAUCUGAGUCCAACAUUAUGACCUAGAACGUUUUAAGAAAGAGCUCUGAAAGGUCAUCUCAUCUACCUUAUCACUGUAACACUUGUCUGCAGUUUCAUUUGGCCUCUUAUUUUCAUAAGUUUUAAAAAUUAAAACACAGUUUAUCAAGAAAGUAUAAAUGAAAGGUAACUGUUUAUUACUGGAGAAGAGAAGAAUGUAUACAAGAAAAUCUAGAUUCUUUCUCCUCAUGCACUACUUUGGUAGUAAAGUUCCAAAUAUCAACUAUGAAGAUAUUUACAAGGAUAAAUUUUUCUUAACAUGUGACCAUUUACUGUGUGGUGGAUGUUUUUUCAUAGAAAUCAUAUACUUAAACUAAAUAUAAUCUUAUAGUUUACAAGAAGCUUAGAACAUUGUAUUAACAGAAGACGAGAUUACAUUUUACUGCAAAAUAUUAUAAAAGUGAUACAAUUUUGUGGCUCUUAAACAUUUAAUUACUUGAGUUGAACAGGGGAAUGGAAAAAAAAAAAAGCCCAACAGAAA